UCAUGGCGCCUACUGCCACUGCCCCCGUGUCCAAGCCCAUGAACUGGGCCGACGACAUCGACGAUGACGCGCAGCUCAAGGCAAACGCACCCGCAGCCGUCAAGGCCGGCGAGCUGCCGGCGCGCACCGUCAAGGAGGAGGCGGGCGGCAUCAGUGUGAUCACCGAGUACAGCACGAACCCGGAGGGCAAGACGGUCAAGAUCACGCGGCGCAUCCGUCGCACGCUCGUGACGUCCAAGGUCAACGCCGCCGAAGCCGAGCGCAAGACAUGGGCCAAGUUUGGCCAAGAGUCGGGCCGCGCGGCGGGGCCGCACAGCAGCACGACGACGGUGGGCGAGAAUGUGGCGCUCAAGUUCGCUGCCGGCUCGACGAAGAAGGACGAGCCGGAGGUGGACGAGGUGGAUGCGAUGCGCGCAAAGCUGGCCACCAAGAAGAUCACCUGCCGACUGUGCAAGGGCGACCACUUCACCACGCGCUGCCCGUACCGGGACACGCUCGAGGCGAUUCCCGGCGCAGCCGACACGGGCGCAGACGAGGUGCCAGCUGCGGCGUUGGACCCGACCAACCCGGCUGUCGCCGCGUCGGCCGCCGCCGGCUCGUCGGGCGCCGGCGGCAAGUAUGUGCCGCCGAGCAUGCGCGCCGGCGCAAAGGGCGCCGGCGAGCGCAUGGGCGGCCCGGCGGGCGGCAUGAACAGAGACGAGAUGCCGACGCUGCGCGUGACGAAUCUGAGCGAGGAUGCCGAGGAGGACGAUCUGCGCGACAUCUUCUCGCGCUUCGGCCGGGUGACGCGCGUCUACAUCGGCAGAGAUCGCGAGACGGGAGAGUGCAAGGGCUACGCCUUUGUCUCGUUCGAGUCGCGCGACGACGCGGCGCGCGCAAAGGACAAGGUCGACGGCAAGGGCUACUCCAACCUCAUCCUCUCCGUCAACUGGUCCCAGCCGCGCGGCGAGCGUCCGGGCGGUGCCUGAGCGCUGUCUUGCGCUCUGCGUCUGUCUCUCUCUCUCCCCAUCUCGGCCGUUCCUUUCCUCACGAC